UCCAUAGCAGACUUGGGGGGCAAAAUUAGAAGGUAAAUCAUUUUUUUUAAACAUAUAGGUACAGUCUCCAUCGAAUUCAAAGACAGCAGGAUUCUUCGGAUUUGAGGCUCUUCGUCAUUAUAUGCAUCGACGGCUCUCCGGCGAUCUCCAGAUUUCACGGCCAGAGAUCUCCGGCGAUCCGUACACCUCUACUCUUCAGAUACGUAAUUACUUGCAACAAGUAAUCCUCCAUUUGCUUGAGCAGUGAAAUUCGAACUACUUUGAAUGGUCUCCAUGUAUAACCAUUCUGCUGAGAGCAUACAUCGAAUUUCCAAUAUUUUUGGGCAUGAAAAAUGCGUAGACUACUUCAUUUUUAGUGGUGAAACUGCCCUUAGUGAUGGAUUCAGGGCCUUUUUGUAUUUUCUUGGUCUUGGUUAUUGUUUUAUUGGAUUAUCAGCUAUAACUGAUCGGUUCUUCCGGUCUAUGGAAAAUGUUGUUAAACACACUCGGACUGUGGUGGAGAUAGAUCCUUUAACAAAUACUGAAGUUGUUAGAUAUGAAAAAGUGUGGAAUUACACAAUUGCUGACAUCACCUUGCUGGCGUUUGGGACUAGCUUCCCUCAAAUCUCUUUGGCUACCAUUGAUGCCUUACGAAACCUUGGGGAAUUGUAUGCCGGAGGUUUGGGUCCUGGAACACUUGUUGGCUCUGCUGCAUUCGACCUAUUUCCUAUCCAUGCUGUUUGCGUUGUGGUUCCAAAAGCUGGAGAAUUGAAAAAGAUUUCAGAUUUAGGAGUUUGGCUAGUAGAACUCUUUUGGUCCUUUUGGGCCUAUGUUUGGCUAUACAUAAUAUUGGAGGUAUGGACUCCAAAUGUUGUUACCUUAUGGGAAGCCUUAUUGACAGUGCUCCAGUUUGGGUUUUUGCUGAUACAUGCUUAUGUUCAGGACAAGCGUUGGCCCUACUUGUCUCUUCCUUUCGCAAGAACUGAGAGGCCAGAGGACUGGGUGCCAGAAGAGGUUGCUUUUUGCAAACAUGACAAUGUCUCUGAUGAGUAUUCUGAAGUACUUCAAGAUGGUGAAGAUGAAAGUAGAAGCAUCGGUGAUAUUUUUACUGUUCAUUCAGGAAACGGGGCAGGAACUUAUCAAAAUGUGCCUGGUAGUGAUCUAGCUGAAUCUUCAAGUGAACAUUUUGUAAAAAAGAUUGAUUCUGAAGAAUCUCAUGUGCUCUCAAUUUGGAAGCAGCAAUUUGUGGAUGCACUCAAGUUGGAGAGCACAGAAUCAAGAAAAUUGAACAAUAUCUACCUGCGGGUCGGAAGAAUUUUUGGGCAGAUACUCCUUGUACCAUGGAGACUUUUGUUUGCUUUUGUCCCUCCUUGUCAAAUUGCUCAUGGGUGGAUUGCUUUCAUUUGCUCCCUACUUUUCAUCAGUGGGAUAGCAUACAUUGUCACACAGUUCACAGAUCUAAUAAGCUGUGUCACAGGAAUAAAUGCGUAUGUCAUAGCAUUUACUGCAUUGGCGGCUGGAACCUCGUGGCCGGAUUUGGUGGCAAGCAAGAUUGCUGCUGAACGUCAGACAACAGCAGAUUCUGCCAUAGCAAACAUCACUUGCAGCAAUUCGGUGAACAUUUAUAUUGGCAUUGCACCAUGGUUCAUUGACACAGCAUACAACUUCAUAACAUUAAGGGAACCUUUGCGGAUCCAGAACGCCAAGGGACUCAGCUUCUCUUUGCUUGUCUUCUUUUGUACUUCUGUAGGCUGUAUCGCUGUUCUAGUAUUUAGACGUCAAACAUUGGGAGCUGAGCUUGGAGGGCCAAGGCUAUGGGCCUGGCUUACUUCCGCUUACCUCAUGAUGCUUUGGAUUAUUUUUGUUGUGUUGUCUUCCCUUAAAGUUUCAGACAUCAUAUGAAUGUUUUUCUCACUCUAUUUUUUACCUCCACAAACCUUGCUUUUGAUUGA